AUGGCCAAAGAUUUUCUGCAGAUAUCCAAGAUUUUUCUACAAGGCAAUUGUCUUCAGAGUGCGAAUGUCAACAGGCGAAACUGCGAGGUUCUCGUGGCUGAUGCCGUACCAUCCACACAGGUGACAGAACCCCCUCAGCCUAUCCAGAGGGACGAGGUUAACCAGAGACCAUCCACACAGGUGACAGAACCCCCUCAGCCUAUCCAGAGGGACGAGAUUAACCAGAGACCAUCCACACAGGUGACAGAACCCCCUCAGCCUAUCCAGAGGGACGAGGUUAACCAGAGACCAUCCACACAGGUGACAGAACCCCCUCAGCCUAUCCAGAGGGACGAGAUUAACCAGAGACCAUCCACACAGGUGACAGAACCCCCUCAGCCUAUCCAGAGGGACGAGAUUAACCAGAGACCAUCCACACAGGUGACAGAACCCCCUCAGCCUAUCCAGAGGGACGAGGUUAACCAGAGACCAUCCACACAGGUGACAGAACCCCCUCAGCCUAUCCAGAGGGACGAGAUUAACCAGAGACCAUCCACACAGGUGACAGAACCCCCUCAGCCUAUCCAGAGGGACGAGAUUAACCAGAGACCAUCCACACAG